AUGUUGUGCAACCAUCAAGACAACGCCGUAUCACCAAGCACGCCCCUGAUCUGGACGGCACAGCCGAGUCCGUGGCGGCGUGGUCCUUCUCCCCAGGUCCCUGGAUCCAGCCGAGAUUCAUCCUGGCUGCAUCGUCCAGCCGCUGCCCUCGAUGCCUCCGCUGCGUCUCUCUCCGUGGCCCAGCCGCUGCCCUCGAGUCACCGUCCGACAGCCUCGACACCUACCGGCAGUCGGACGGGCGCGCAGCCGCACCUGUUAACAUCCAAUUUCACAAGAAGGUGCUCUUGCAGGGGACUUUCUGGACUGGCGCUAUGCCGCUCUAACCUUCUCUCCUCCUCUGUUCCAACUCCCCUCCUCCUCGUUCCCCCAAUCUUUCCCUCGCCCUCUGAUCUCUCUCUAAUCCCUUGUCACAUCUUCUUUCUUGUGGAUCCUUUCUCAUCAGCUGUCCUGCUUUGGCCCUCCCGGUCACUUGUGGUUCUGGAGGGGCGGGUUUCUAGCAUAAAAAGAGAGCUUGCUCGUCCGGAUGCGGACGAGCCCGGGGAAAAGAGUGUUAAUCAGGUCACUCAGCUCUCUUCUCGAGCGAUUGCGCCAGAUCCUGGGAUUGAGCUCACCAUGCAAGCGCUGUCCAUCAGCGAACCGGCGAUUGUUUAUAUUCAGGCUGAACAGAGGCUUGAGGAGGGUCAGGAUGCAGAUUUCAAUUUUCUCAUGAAGCUUGCUUCUACAAGAGGUCCAAUCAGAGUUCUUUCGGUUUAGGCUGUGCAGCACUCUAUGGCUAGAGCAUGGAGGACUAUUAUGGUAUAUUGCAAUUAUCAAGGUAUAUUUUUGUCGCUCACUUCCGUUCUUUGGAUGCUGUUAUGUUUGUAAUUACUCCUCAGCCUUGGAGCAUGGGUUCGGAUAACUUUCUGCUUAAAUUAUGGGUACUGCUAUUAUUAA